UUCCUCUAAUUUUAGAGUUGUGCUGUGUGUGAGGCGGUUGGGGUUUCGGUCAUGACCAGGCUUGUUUUUUUUGCCUGGGAAGCAGGAACUGGGCGGCUCUGAGGGGAGGGAGCAGGUUGAGCUCCUCCCAGGCCUUUGGGAAAACCCUGAGGGGGGGAAGCAGAGCGGGAGCAGAGAGGCCGGAGCCGCGAUGCUGGAGAUGGUCCCGGACCGAGAGUUUCUCUACAAGGAUGGGAGGGACGGACUCUCCAUCCGCCGGCGCUGGAAGCUGCUGGCCGGCCUUUUCUUCGCCUUGCUGGUCGCUGCUUACCUCGCCCUGGUGGGAUACUUCGCCGUUUAUAGGAACUUCUUCCCAGCCAAGGACUUUGAUGUAGGUGGAUCAUUCAGCCCAGGUGGGGAUCUACUGGAGUACUUACUUCAACAGGGAAUGAUUGACAGGAAGGAUGGGCUGCUGGUUACAUGGCACCAUGCUGCAAAUAGCAAGAGCGAAAUGGAGGUGGCAUUGAAAGGCAGUGCAAUGGUACUGGAAGCAGAUGUCAAUAUUGAAGGACUCAACACUCAAAACGAGAGUGGUACCCCUAUCAUGGCUCACCCACCCAGUAUCUACAGUGACAAUACCUUGCAGGAAUGGCUGGAUGCAGUCAUCAGAUCCAAGAAAGGUAUCAAGCUGGAUUUUAAAAGCAUCGAUGCGGUGAACCCUUCCCUGGAUAUCCUGGUAAAGAAAUAUAAUGAAAUUGAUUUCAACCGGCCAGUCUGGCUAAAUGCUGACAUUCUGAUUGGCCCAAAUGUCCCAGGAUUUAUGCAGCCUGUCGAUGCGUCCAGGUUCCUGAGUCUUAUUCAGAAAAAGUUCCCAAAUGUCAUCCUCUCCCCAGGCUGGAUGUCUCUGUACUUACCGGUGAUUGCAACUAAACCCUACACUCGAAAGAUGGUAGAGGAAAUGUACAGUUUGGUGAAGGGUUUACCACAACGUGUCACAUUCCCUGUCCGAGCUGUGUUGUUGAAGCGAGCUUGGCCACAUUUCAGUUGGCUACUCAGUCAGUCACCAAGGUACAGCCUUACUCUAUGGCAAGGAUCAAUUGAUCCUAUAACUGUGGAAGAUCUUUUAUUCUUCAGAGACAAUACCAACUUUGAGCAAAUCUAUUAUGACAUUUAUGAACCUGUUUUGUCAGAAUUCAAACAAAUUGCAUUGCAGACAAACCGAACCAGGAGGUUUUACCCCGGAGGGAAGCUUAUGGAUUAUUUCCCCCACCAAAAUCUUGACGAACUGCAGAUCAAAUGGUUUGAUAUCGGAUCCACAGAGCUUGAAUUGAUGGAAUUACUUCAAGGAAAUGUUGGAGGAAUGCUUAUUCUGAAUGUGAAGAGAAAAGCUAAUGAUGCCACUCCAGUGGUAGCAAGUUUGGAAAAGGGAUUGGAAUUUCCCUUGGAAUCAGCUCUAAAUUGGAUCUCAACUUCAUCCAAGCCUUGGGGCAUCUACUUGAAGAUAAAAUCCCAGGAAGCACUGGCCCCAACCUUACAUCUGCUUGAACAGUUUUACACAGCACACCUUCUCUUCAAGCCCGUAUGGGUUAGCAUGGACCUCUCUUACGGUAGUUUUAGCACCCCUGGAUACAUUGAGGGAAAGCAAUUCAUCAAAACCAUCAAUGAAAUAUUUCCUUUUGUAACUAUAGCUCCUGGAUGGCCAAAAGAAGUGCUUACUCAUGGUUACACACAGCCAUUAGUAGAAGACAUGCUAAAUCUUUGUCAGGGACUGUGGCAAGCAGUGUCCUUCCAGCUUCAGGCUGUCGCUCUGGGUGAAUCAUGGAAAGCCACCACUCGACUGCUGCAGGCUUCCCCUACCUACACUCUGACAGUGGAACAUCUACAUGAGCAAGGCAGCUACACUAAUGGGUUUCGGGGACUGAUAAACAUCCGAACAUACAGCACUCGCAGGAUUUAUUACCGGUUACCUCAAGAUUAUAGAAACAGUUUUUACAACGAUGUCUUCACAUCGUAAAAAGUUGUUUUGAGAGUCUUUGUACGUCACUAACCAGUCCUGGUUAGCAGGCAAAUCAUUUUAAAGCUCUGAGCUAUAAGUUCUUAUUUCUGAACCACAGAAAUUAUUAGCUACAUUUUGUAAUAUUUAUAAGCUACAACCUUAUCAACUUUCAAUAUUUUCUUAAUUUAGUACAGAUUAAAAUUUAAGAUUUUGAUACCAAAGAGAGUUUUCUAAAUAUCGGUUAUAAAACUUUGCAAAAAAGGCUGCCAGACAUAAGAGAUUGAGGUGUAUUUUGUUGAAGUGUUGCAAACAGGUUUACUCAGUCAGGAAGUUGCAAUCACAUUUCUCAGAUUUCCCAUGAAACAGAGACCAUGACCCUCUUUUGCUCGUCUGCCCUCGUGAAGUAACAAGAAGUGCAAAUGAAAGCCAUCAUCUCAUAAAUCACACAGGCAUCAGCUAUACACACAGUAGUGAUAAAUCUAAAUUGCAGACUGCAAUGCAAGCUGUGGAUAUGUUAUGAUCCUGAUUUCACACAAAUUCUUUGAAGCCAACUGAUGCUUGACAUUACAAACCUGUUAACACAGACUGCCAUCGUUUUGGAUCCUAUGUGACCAACUUAGAUGAAUCUCUCAAAGUCUCAACAUUUAAGUAUGAAUUAUUCUAAGGUUUCUGAUUGUAAAACUCAAACAUUUUCAUAAACAUUGGCAGCUAUGGCUACAGGUUCAUGUUCCAUAGGUCUUACCUCUAUCACUCACUCGUCCCAUUCACUCAAGAGGCAGAAUCUCUCAUCUUGCUCUUUUGAUAAUCAAAUUUGGAUAAAAACAUCAGAUAAUGUUGGAGAAAACAAUAAUUUAGAAAUAGGCAGAACUGGCUUAUAGCUCAUGCUCCCUCAGAAUCAAACUGUAUGGUCCGUUUGGCAAACAAACUAGAUUGUUUUGUUACUCUAUUGAAGAUGCGUAAGUCAUUCUAGUUCCUCACAGUCAUAUAGAGUAACCAGCAUGUUUUAGAAGCAAUUGGUCAUACAGCACAAACCUGCUUAAGAUCUGCAAAAGGUAAAUAUAAAAGCAUUUUAAAGAAGUCUGGGGGCUUGGGAAACUAAUAGACAUUCAGUGAUGCUUUCAAAUUGUUCAGGACUACACAGCAAUUAGUGAUGCUCACUACUGUCUGCAUAAGACGUCAAUUUAUCCAUCAGUGUAACAUCCCAAUGUAUAAGAUACAUCAUGAAUAACUCAGUCAAAAUAUUAAUUUUGCUAGCUUUGAAAAAUAAAGUCCUCAGAGAUAUCUAUUAGUGCAACACAAAAUGAAGCACUACAAAAUAUGAUGAAUUAGGUUUUGGUCUUGCUGGUCAUAUUGCAUGCAUGGUUUAAAAAUACUCAGGAUUAUUUACACAAAAUGCCAGUUCAUUUGAUAGAUAAUAGCUCAGGGGAGAGAUGAACUGACCAUAUGGACAUUAUUUGGACAUUCCUAUAUCAUUGGUAAUUGAAUAAAUUGAUAAUUGGUUUAUUAUAGCAUGAAGCGGGUAGAACAAAAUAUUUUAGUCUCAGGUAAAGAGUCAAUUCAUUUUGUUCAUAGACCAGCAUCCUGGAGAACUUUUUAAGUGUCUGUUUUUCAUUGUAUUUUUGGUGAAAACAUCAUUUGGGAUGAUGUAAAUGGCUGAAUGUCAAAUGCAAUUGAGUCAAACAAUUUGAUGUCCUUUAUUUCAAUAACGCAUUAAAACAAUGUCGAACAGUAUAACCGAGGCUGACUUCUUCCCAAUAGCAGGUUGGGAUGGGGCAAGAAUGACACCGAUGUCUCUUGUAAAGCUGACCAGGAAGCAUGCCCCAAGAUUCACCUUAAUAUUGAAUAUCAGCCCAAGGAGUGAACCAUUUGUGAUUUUGUUAUUGAGAGAAUAGGAAGGAAUGUAAUUACUGUAAAUAAUGCCAUUUUUAUUUAAUACUUUUCAUCUGUCUAUUUGCUGUGUAAUAAACUAGAUGGUUAGUUUAUAGAUUUUAGUCUAAUUGAAUGUUUAUUCUUGUGCUUAAGGUAUUGUGUGGGGCACACCAGGGAGCAAACAGACAGGGGCCCUGAGCGCUCAGUAGUCUAGACAGUAAGCAGUGUAGACUCAGUGAAAAUAAGGAAGAUGUGUAAAAUUCAAAAAGUUAGUUUAACUUUUAAAUCUCAGAUGUCACAGAAUCACAGCACUGUUAUGACACAGGAAGCUGUUCGCCCCCAUUGUGCCUGCUACACAAAUAUCUCGCCUCACCCACCUCCGCCGUGCUGUUUGUCCUUUGCUUAAACACGUAUAGUCUUACUCUCUUUUCAAAAAUUUAUGAGCAUUUGGACCCAAGUCCUGUACUUCCACAGAGAAAACAUAUUGCAACAUUAUGAAACUGAGAUUACUAACCUGAAAGACAGUUUGAUGAUUCCAAACCACACCCAACCCUCCCAACAGUGUAAAUACGUGCAGCGGUUUAGUGAAAUAUUAAAGAUUUUGAUGAAUUUCUGUUAUGAUUGGUAAUUUAGCACUUUGAGCAAAUUUGUCAAUCGAGUAGCUUCUAAUAAGUUUUGACAAAGUGAGAAAUUCAGAUUUUAUGUGAUGUAUUAUAUCAUUAAUAGCUUCUGAUAGGAGUGAGAUUAAUAAAUGAAAGAUAAAAGUGUAACCAUGGCAAGGAAUACAAUUGGAGUCAGUGACUCUUAGGAUCUUUAUUAUUUUAAAACCAGGCUGAUAAUUCCCAGUAGUCUCCGUCUGCUUAUUUCCACCUGAUGUCUUCUGCCCACUAUUACAACCUGAGCCCAUAUGAAACAUUCACCUCAUACUUUUGUUAGAUCCAGAUUUGCCUCUUCUAAAAUAUUCUUUUGAAUCUUUCUUCUUGCAUCUCCAAAGUUUUGCUGCAUUAUCCUAACAUUCACAAGUCAUGGUAUUAUUACUUUUUUUUCUACCUGCUUUGGCUCCUGGAUCUCUCAAUAUUUGAUUCAUAAGUCUUAUCCUUUUGAAGUUAAAUCACACUGUGGCCUCACCAAAAACGCUCCAUAACUUUCACCAGCGCAAUAGCACUCACUCCUAGCUCAUGCUGUUUCUCUGUCACUAGCAACCUAGCUAUCCUCCUCUCAUAGUCAGUUGUAACCUUCAGCCAUCUUGGUGUCCACUGUUUGGAAUUCUAUUCUUAAAUGUCUCUGGCUUUCUAAAUCCCUUACCUUCUUCUUAAAAUCCACCUCUUUGGCUCCAUUUUCACUUUUGCUCAGCAUUUUUGAAAAGCACCUUGGCAUAUUUUCUAUUUUACAUUCAAGCUGCUUUAAUAGAAGUUGUGGCAUGUGAAUAUUGGUAACAUUCCACAAAAUCCUUUCAAACAUCAACUGAAAGCCUGAAUGAAGUACUGAAUCAUAUGUAAACAACCACGAGAAUUUUGCUGAAAAAAUUCUCCUUUGUAACAAACAAUUAAACAAACAGAGUGACCAGCUGGAAAGAUGAGCUAGAGUGGUUUCACAUUUAGUUACUGCUUCCAUCUACAAUGUCCUUGGGUUAGGUGUUUGUAAGGAUUGAACUUCCUUCCUUAGCAUUUUCACCCUCACCUCCUUACUGAAUCAGGACUCCAUGGGCAGCAGGCAUGAGCUAGCACCUCAUCCAAUGUGGCUAUUCAUGUUUGAGUCUUGACAAGAUGUGAUAACAAAUUACUAACUUGCAGGAGCUGGGGCAAUGCAGAUAUGCCUAAUCAAGAUAUUUGAGAACAAGAACACUGGGAUAAUUCUCUUUCCCUCUAACUCAAAGAUACUGGAAUCUAAACCUGGACCCUCAAGUCAGCUGCUCAUUGACUGAGCCAUCAGUGGAACUGGAGGUUGAAAUUUAACAUGGUUCACUCCUUAGCUGAACCUCUCUGACACUUUCCCAAAUGUAAAAUGUUCAUAAGUUUUGUUGUGCAGACUUUCUGUACAUUAUUAAAAAUGAAUAAAUAAGGGCAGUGAUGCAAAAUUGAAUUACUUUACUGUAGUCUUUCAAUCAAUCAGUCACUUGCAAGUGUCUGAUGUUGUAAUGACACUGCAGAAACAGCAACUGACGUUUGAUUUUAUGCAUAACCCUUGAAUUAUUCAUCAUUGUAACUAGGUGAUUUUAUGUUAAAUUUGUUAUCUUCCUAUUGUAAAGAUUUUCAUUGCAAGUUUUAGUUAUCAAUAAAACAUACACAAUCAA